GGGGGGGGGCGAGGCCUCUCACUCGGGCAAUAUGGCGUCCACGACCGAAGGGAAGAAACUAGUGCGCAGUCCGAGUGGGCUCCGCAUGGUGCCCGAGAACGGCGCGUUCAGCAGCCCCUUCUCACUCAGCGAACCUCAGUGGGUUCCGGACAAGGAGUGCCCAAGAUGUAUGCAGUGUGAAGCAAAAUUCGACUUUCUUAACAGAAAACAUCACUGCCGGAGAUGUGGAAAGUGCUUCUGUGAUAAAUGCUGCAGCAAAAAGGUCCCUCUUCCACGGAUGUAUUUCAUAGAUCCAGUGCGCCAAUGUGCGGAAUGUUCUUUGAUCUCUCAGAAAGAGUCCGAAUUCUUUGACAAACAGAUCAAGGUGCUCAUAAACGGGGCUACAUUCCUUGUUACCUCUGGUUCCUCAGAGAAAAGUGAAACAAUGGUUUGCCGACUCUCAAACAACCACAGGUAUCUUUACCUGGAUGGAGAAAGUCGCUUUGAAAUUGAAGUUUCCCGAAUUAUAAAUGUUCAGGUGCUAACUGAAGGUUUUACUCCUGGAGAGAAAGAUAUUCACACUUAUACGAGUCUACUGGAGAAUCCAUACAUUACAGAAGGAAAUAAUACACGUGCCACUGGAAUGCUGGUUCAAUAUAAAGCUGUGAGCUCCCAGGAAUCCAAGCAGCUGAAGCUAACUGCAGCUGAUGAUUUCAACAGUAACAAGAAGAUGUCUGUCAGUUGGUUAGCUGCUAUGCAUAAGGCUGCCAAACUUCUGUAUGAAUCAAGAGAUCAAUAACCCUUCCUGAGUUUUAAUACAUCAAGACAAAAUGGAUGCCAUACUGCAAAGAAAUGCAAACAUUUUAUCCAGUUUUGCUUGGUCUUUUUUCCUCACUCCUUUGAGACGGUGAGGUUUUCUUAGUGCUUUUUGUAUUGAGUGAUUUCUGAAAACACUUCUUGGGGAAAAUGCAACAAAUAUUUCAGGAAUAUUUUUGGUGCAUUGAAGUAUUCACUAAAAGUAUAGUGCAAUAUGUAGAAUUUACACAAUGAUGUUUUAAAUGUAAGGUUUCACAUUUAAAUUAAAAUUUUGCUAAGUAUUUUUGUUACUAAUCAAACAACCUGCAGUUUAACCAAGACUGCUAAAAAUGAGCUUUUUGUUACGAAAGACACGAUUGAUGUAGAAUACUUUAUUUUACUACAUUAUUGGUGUGAAGUCUAAAGUUAUAUUGAGGGAAAUAGUAAAAUUUGCAUUAAACUUCAGAAGUUGACAGUUCAGCAUUCUGCAAAUAGCUUUUGGCAGAAACUGCUUGUUUUCAUUUUUCAAAAAGAGUUAGUCACCAUAAAUUAAUAAUGGUUUCAGUUCCAAUUGAGUGUCUUUGUCCCCUCCCUCCCAACGAGUGAAAUUUCAUCUUAACAUGCCAAAGGAAAUAACUACCUGUACAAAAUAGAUGCACUAUUUAAUCUCAUUUCUGCUCAUGUACUGCCACUUUGCAAAGUCUUCAAAAGGAGGAUGCUUUAUUUUUAUUCUUGUAAUUUAUUUGGUAAUCUGUUAAAAAUGCUAGAUAUAAAAUAAGUAGCAUGCAAAAAAAAAAAACACUACUCACAAACCAAAUAUGUUUUGGAGCAAGGCAAAGUUUAAAACUAAAUUGAGGGGGGAGAAUUUUUUAAAAAUAAUUUAAAUUGCUAAAAAUACAGAUGACCGACAUUUGUUUUAGAAUUUGAGAAUUCCACUUACUUUUCAUUGAUCCAGAGGUAUAGGGAUUUUCCUGUGAGCUUUACGGUUAGCAUUAAAUGCUCCAGAAAAUAAAGUAAUGCAUUUAAUUAUAAUGGGGGAAACUUGAUAUGAAAUGUUUUCUGGACCAAAAGAGCAAUAUAAAAGGCAUUUUAGUAUGAGACUUCUGGCUAUGUAUAAAAAUUUUGAUAUUAAUUACUGCUGUGUCAAGUUUGUGUUCACAUUUUAAUUGUGGACAAUAGGUAGCUCAAAUUGUUGUAAAUAUUUGAGCAGAUCUUAACUUCCAUAGUCAAUAAACUUUUGCAUUUCUGGUUU